AUGCGGCCCGCUUUGCGCUUCGGCGCACACGCUUUCAGCGAGGAAAUUUUCCGCGAGCUAGUUCGCCUCGACCACGCUGGUGACCCUGAACUGACGGAUGCUGUCAGCUCGACUGGAGGGCAGGUGGACGCUGGACAGGCCAGCUUGAUGAUCACUGGACAGGUCGCUGAAGGGCAGGUCAGCAUGGUCGCUGAAGGACAGGUUAGCUCGAUGUCGCUGGUUCGCGUUGGUGACAUUGAGCUGUUGGACGCUCAGGGUCAGCCGCAAGACGAGGUGCUUGACGACUUACUAGCCGAGAACGAAUUUGUGAUUGAAGAAGACGAGCUGGAAGAGAAGACGGAGGAGAUUCAAUACGACGAGCCCGAGGAGGAGAUCGGGCCAGUGGGGGAGGGUGCCGAUGAGUUUGGACACUUUCUACCUCCUAAUUUUGCGGAUCGGGCUAUGACAUUCGCCUCGCGUCGGGCGUAUGAACAAGUGGCGCAGGUGCUGGACCUAGUCGCUGCUGAGAGGCCAGAGCAGGCUUCGUGA